CCUGACUGCAAGACCGAAACUUUUAACACUGCAAAGAUCAAUGCCCAUGGCGUGCAUAUGAGGAUGGUGCCAUAUAGUUGGGGAUUCUCGUGGGAGUCAUACGAUGAAUGGGUUGCCACUGCUUCUGAUAAAGCUUCAUUCUUGGUUGAUGGGUUAAGGGAGCAAGUAAAUGUCACCUGGGACACCACAGACUAUUUGUGGUACAUGACAGAUAUCACUAUAAAUGAAGAUGAAGGAUUUCUAAAGACUGGAAAGCUACCUUACCUCAGUGUUGCAUCAGCAGGCCAUGCUUUGCAAGUUUUUGUCAACGGUCAAUCAGUUGGAAAUGCUUAUGGGAGUUAUGAAACUCCAAAACUAACAUUUAGCGGCAGCCUGAACCUGAAAGCUGGUGUCAACAAGCUUGCUUUGUUAAGCUCUACUGUUGGCCUCCCGAACAUUGGCCUGCAUUUUGAUACAUGGAAUGCUGGGGUUCUUGGCCCAAUUACAUUGGAGGGAGUCAAUGAUGGAAAAUGGGACUUGUCACGAUGGAAAUGGUCCCACAAGAAAGGUCUAGAAGGUGAAUCUUUAGGUGUUUUUUCAUUCAAAGGAACCUCCUCUGUGAGGUGGGCAGGAGGAUCAUCAUUGGCCAUAAAGAGGCCACUGACUUGGUACAAGACUAAUUUUGAAACGCCAGGAGGAAAUGAACCAUUGGCUCUAGACAUGAUUAGCAUGGGAAAAGGUGAGGUAUGGGUAAAUGGGCAAAGCAUUGGGCGCCAUUGGGCUGCAAACAAAGCAAGUGGCGGAGGCUGUGGCAAAUGCACUUACAUUGGAUAUUACAAUGAAAAUAAAUGCCUCAGUGGUUGUGAGGAGGCCUCUCAAAGAUGGUACCAUGUUCCACGCUCAUGGCUGAAGUCAAAUGGGAACCUAUUGGUCGUGUUUGAAGAAUGGGGUGGUGACCCCAGGGGGAUUUCCUUGGUCAAAAGAACAAUAUAA